UUUUGUCCUAUCAUUGCUCCAAUUUCGAAGAAACUGCAAAAAUGGGUCUCUAUUUACCAGCGCCGUGCCAAGCUUGACGAAGACUGACUUUUUUUGACUGCGCGAGAAAAUUCAGAGAAUUAAAUUCGAGAAAUCUCCGGUUUCAGUUCAUCGAACAAAUUUUCUACUCUAAUUUUCUUAAUCGCUUCUCAGUAAUCACUAUUCAGUUACUUCGACGUUUUGGAUCCGUCUAAGAAAACGAAGGCUUGACUUAUGGGUUUUGGUCACGACAAUCGUCUAAGGUUCAAAGAUUGGAUAUCAGAGGACUCAUUAUUCAAAGAUUAUGGUUACGGAAGAAAAGCUAGACCAUCUAUAAACGCAGUUUUGAAGAAUGUUCGUAGAGGAUUUGAGAAAGGGUCAGAUAAAAUCAGGACUUUUAAGAGACCAUUAAGUUUUGGUUCACAUAAGAAGGAGCAGAAGAGAGAUUCUAGCACCCAGAAGAACAUCAUAAACCCACAAGGCUCAUUUCUGCAGAACUGGAACAAAAUCUUUCUCUUUGCUUCAGUGAUUGCUCUGGCGAUUGAUCCAUUGUUUUUUUACAUCCCCAUUGUUGAUGGAGAAAAGCACUGCCUUAAUUUGCACUCGGAAUUGGAGAUAGCAGCUAGUGUGCUUCGAACAUUUAUAGAUGCCUUCUACAUUAUUCACAUUGUGUUCAAGUUUAGAACAGCUUAUGUCUCUCCUUCUUCCCGGAUUUUCGGAAGAGGCGAACUUGUGGAGGAUCCUAAAGCCAUAGCCAAAAAGUACCUCUCCUCGUACUUCAUCGUCGAUGUUCUUUCUAUCCUUCCACUCCCACAGCUUGUAGUCUUAGCUGUUAUCCCCAACGUGAACAAGCCAGCCUCUUUGCUCACCAAGGACUACCUGAUAACUGUCAUAUUUACUCAGUACAUUCCCAGGAUCAUUCGUAUUUAUCCGCUUUACAGUGAAGUAACAAGAACAUCUGGAAUAGUUACUGAAACAGCUUGGGCUGGAGCUGCUUGGAAUCUUUCUCUCUAUAUGUUAGCCAGUCAUGUGUUUGGAGCCUUAUGGUACUUGAUCUCAGUAGAACGAGAGGACAGAUGCUGGCGAGAAGCUUGCGCCAAGAGACAAGGCGGGUGUGAUUUUACAUUUCUCUACUGUGAUGAAAACAGUAAUGUUAUAAAUGAUUUCCUGACUACCUCGUGCCCGUUUAUCAAUCCUGAUGAUAUAACAAAUUCAACGGUCUUUAACUUUGGCAUCUUUACUGAUGCACUGAAGAGUGGGAUUGUUGAAUCAGAUGAUUUCUGGAAGAAAUUCUUCUACUGCUUCUGGUGGGGUCUGCGUAAUCUAAGUGCAUUGGGACAAAAUCUCAACACAAGCAAAUUCGUUGGGGAAAUCAUCUUUGCUGUAUCAAUAUGCAUAUCUGGCCUAGUCUUAUUCGCACUACUUAUCGGCAAUAUGCAGAAAUACUUGGAAUCGACAACAGUUCGGGAAGAGGAGAUGAGAGUGAGAAAAAGAGAUGCAGAGCAAUGGAUGGCUCAUCGGAUGUUACCAGAGGACCUGAGGAAACGUAUCAGAAGGUAUGAACAAUACAAAUGGCAAGAAACCAGAGGAGUCGAAGAAGAAAACCUUCUGCGUAAUCUCCCUAAAGACCUCAGGAGAGACAUUAAACGCCAUUUUUGCCUCGACCUCCUCAAGAAAGUACCCCUGUUUGAGAUAAUGGAUGAGCAAUUGCUAGACGCCGUGUGUGACAAGCUAAAACCAGUGCUCUACACUGAAAACAGCUACGCAAUCCGGGAAGGAGAUCCGGUGGAGGAGAUGUUGUUUGUUAUGAGAGGAAAGUUGAUGAGCGCCACCACAAACGGUGGCCGGACCGGCUUCUUUAACGCCGUGUACCUCAAAGCUAGCGACUUUUGCGGCGAAGAUCUUCUCACAUGGGCAUUGGAUCCUCAAUCUUCGUCGCAUUUUCCGAUCUCGACGAGAACAGUUCAAGCUUUAACAGAAGUAGAAGCCUUUGCUCUUGCAGCAGAAGAUCUCAAGCUUGUGGCUUCGCAGUUCAGACGACUCCAUAGCAAACAGCUUCAACAUACUUUCAGGUUUUAUUCGGUACAAUGGAGAACUUGGGGCGCAUCUUUCAUACAAGCUGCUUGGCGGAGACACUGCCGGAGGAAACUGGCCAGGUCAUUAACUGACGAAGAAGAUCGAUUCCGGAACGCGAUCGCAAAACGCGAACGCGACGAAGCUUCGUCGUCGUCGAGUCUAGUUGCCACGUUAUACGCGUCGCGGUUCGCUUCAAACGCACUUCGCAAUCUGCGUCACAACAACCUUCCUUUGCUUCCUCCUAAACCCUCAGAGCCGGAUUUCACUGCAAAUCAUAUUCGAAACCCUUAAAAAUCUUUACCACACGAGUCCACUUACCACUGUAAAUUCUCAAUUAAAAUAAAUUGCAGAAAUUUCGAAUUGUCUAUUUUUAUAUAUAGAUAUUUUUUUUUUCAUUUGAACUCAAAACUAUGUAUAGUUUAACAGAAGGAAAACCAAAGCCCAUUAAGAAGCCGCCAAAAUAAAAAUC